CAUCCGCCGCCAUGAAGCUUGUGAGGUUUCUCAUGAAACUUAGCCAUGAGACUGUGACCAUCGAACUAAAGAAUGGGACCCAAGUACAUGGAACAAUCACAGGUGUGGAUGUCAGUAUGAACACCCACCUUAAAGCUGUGAAGAUGACUCUGAAGAACAGAGAACCUGUCCAGCUGGAGACUUUGAGUAUUCGAGGGAAUAAUAUUAGAUACUUCAUUUUGCCAGACAGUUUGCCCCUGGAUACUUUGCUGGUGGACGUUGAACCAAAAGUUAAAUCCAAGAAAAGGGAAGCAGUUGCAGGUCGUGGCCGAGGAAGAGGUCGUGGCCGAGGAAGAGGUCGUGGCCGAGGAAGAGGCGGUCCGAGGCGAUAAUUUCCUUACAGCCACUGAAAAAUGCCAGGCCACCUUUGUUUGUUUUUUUGUUUUGUACAGGUUUUAUUCAGUGCCAGUUUUUAAU